ACAAAAACUGUCGAUUUACGGCGGUGUUACGUCACGCGUAUUCCUCAACAGAAGAGACGCUGCCCGAAACUUGUGGCUGCAGAUGUGUAGCCCGGGAUUAACCGACAAAACACGGACUGAUGGAAAACACAAAACGUCAUGAAAGAGAUUGACACUGUGGGUGGCGAGAAAGAUGAGAACUGUGAAGAAAAUGAAGAGGAGGCUCCAAUGAGGCGAAGUUUCUCGGUAGAGGACCUCCUUGAUGAGGUGGAGAAGAUCUGUUACGAUGCCUCGGGGACAUCAAAGGUGGAGAUGGUGGUGAGGCUGUGGAAGGAUGGCUUCACCGUAAAUGAUGAGGAGUUUCGUAGCUACUCCAUACCAGAGAAUCAAGACUUCCUGGAUGCUAUCAAAAGGGGGGAGCUUCCGACAGAGUGGGAGAGCAGAGCAGAGGAGGAGGAGCUGGAGAUCAAUGUGGAGGAUCUGACGGAGGAAAAUUAUGUUCCCAAGAAAAAGGCCUUUCACCCCUUCAGCGGCCGAGGAUACCGUCUUGGCAGCGUUGCACCAAGAGUAGUGGCCAGGUCACCAUCUGUGCACGAGGAUGGAGAAUCUCUUCCUAUUCCCAUGGUAACACUAGACCACGCCCUUCCUGUUACCUCCCUGCAGAUCUGGUUGGCUGAUGGCAGGAGAUUGGUGCAGAGGUUUAACCUAUCGCAUCGGAUCACAGAUGUACAAGAUUUCGUGGCACGCUCCCAGAGGAGCUGCCCACCUUUCGUCCUGACAACAUCACUUCCUUUCCGAGAGCUCAACAACAAAGAAUUAAGUCUAGAAGAAGCAGAUUUGGCCAACGCUGUCAUUGUCCAGAGACCCCUGAACACACAGGCUCCGUUUGGACACUCCUGACUAAAAGGGCCCCCGUAAUUCAUCGACACCUCACCACGACCCGAAUUGCAGUCCCAAGGCCUCCUAUGAUUUAUAAUCUUUUCUUUAUCCCGCAGUUUGUGCUGCAUUUAAUGAAUUUCCCUCUACAGUUUAUUAAUCUCUGUGUGGGAUUAUCUACAGUCUAAUGGAGAUAUUGUCAGUUAGUUAUCUCCAACAUCACAGGCGCUCCCGAGCUGCUGUUGUCAAUGCUUACUUUGUCUUCUUCCUCUGGAGGACAGUGUUUACCUGCCAACAGAUCUCCCUAAACCCCCACACUCCAGAAAAAAACUGUCAAGGCAAACCGAUUCUGUCGCCCAUGCAGAUGGUCAACCAUGUGUGUCCAUCUGUUGGUCUACCACAUGUAACCCUCCUUCCUUCCCUCAGACACACACACACACACGUCACCACCAGCACCACCAACCAACUCUCUAAAGUCUUCCCAAACUGUGAUCACCAGUUUUUUCUGCACUAUUUACAGUAUAAAAAAAUCUCUAAGUUUACAAUUUUAUUUAAUGAACAUAAGAUAUUUUGUUUACACUGCUUUGUAUUUAUUUUGGCUUGCCUAUUCGGGUCAAUUAGUUUUACAAUCUUUUGUGUUUUUUGUGAACAUUUGCCUUUGUUUUUUGGAGGCGGGGUUAAUUCAGAGUGUACUGUUUUGUUUUAUUUGACUGCAUCCUUUCAAGACAUAACAAAUCAAGGUACAUUAAAAAAUACCUCAAAAUUC